GCCGACAGAUCCUCUCUUAUCUGCUUCGAGGAUGAACAACCUCAGAUGAGAACGUUGAAGGCGCUCUUCGGAAUGCUCACGUGUGUUUUCGAGGGCGCUCCUGCAAACGUGAGAUCACGACUGGCACUCUCGCUGGCAUGUCCGCUGAUCCAACUGCUAAGACAAGCUCUGGGCCAGUUCACCCAGGUGAUCACGUGGCCCAUCUUCGCCGAACAGGUCCGCGACUCGGUCGAACAGCUGACCACUCUGCUGCUUCACUUGGCUAGCUGCGAGGACGAUAUGACUACCAUACCAAGCAGCAGUGGAACCAGUAUCGCUACGAUGUUACCAAGUUUACCGUCAUCGUCCAACUCCGCUACCUCAACUACGAUUCCAUCCACAAACGUUUCGUAUACUACUCUAACUUCAACCAGGACAUCCGGGAACACCGAAAUAAUGACGCCAGUUUCCCCUGAGGCAAGCACAACGAGCUCCAGUGCUACGACGCUAGCGAGCAACAGCACAGACAUAACAAAUUCUUCAUCUUCUCGAUUAACUAGCUAUUCAUCGAGCCAAAGUUCAGACACUCCUACGCUGAGUACUGAGCCAAGUAGAACAGCUUCACCUACGCAGUCAGUGAAUUCCGAAACCACGACAACAUCCGCGACAAACGAUUCAAGUCGCCAGGAGAGCUUGUUGACUACAAAUGAAAGAACGACCGUAACGGACUCGGGGUCUGUUAAUUCUACUACGUCCCAAGAGGCCAACGUCAGCUUUAGUAACAGUACCACAACUGCUCCUACGAGAACAUCGUCCUCUUCAUUUGAACCAGACCAAGGUACGGCUUCACAAAGCUUCGGAACUUGGAAUGCGAGUAUCACGAACGCGAACGCGCAAUCCAGCGUGGCUUCAACCUCUGGUAACGGCGCUUUCUCAACCACGAGUGACGUUACCACGAACACACCUGCUACGGUGUCCAUCGAUGGAACCACAAGCGCAGAUCCUUCCUCAGAGGUCUCAAAUUUGACUACAGAAUCUUUUAAUUCGACGAUGACGGGAAGCUCCUCGGUAACUUUGUCAGAUACUACAUCGGUAUCACUAAUAACGUCAUCACAAACGUCCUUAUACGUAACGACAUCAUCAGUGACGCCAUCAUCAUCGUUGUCUGCAUCCGGUCAAACUUCAACGCUCGGUCCAAGCUCCGCCCCCGCAGAAGACGACGAACCGGGUACGCCAGCUAACGUCACUGCGUCCACAAUUACAGCGUCCAAUCAAACAGCAAGUGGCGUUUCUGUGACGUCUACGACCCAGACGCAAGACGGGACGAUUACCACAAUAAACGCAACCUCGUCGCGUAGUCCUUCGUCUGUUACAUAUCAAACCAUAUCUACCUCACUGUCAAGCACUGAACCUUCGUUUACAAUGACGAACUCCUCAACGAUUGGAGUCAGUGAUGAGCCAUCGAACGUGACUACCUCGGAAAAUUUCCCGACGCCGAGCACCAUGACGAGAAGUGUCAGUGUUUCAGACGUCAGCUUUACAUCUGAUGGAACUGCUACACGGAAUGGAACGUCUGUCACGCAAACCAGUACAACGAGCGUUUCGGCUUGCGGAACGACAGUUUGUCAACAAGACGUAACAACAGGAAAGACGGGUGAAACAACAGAGUCCCAAAAUAGCAGCAAGCCAACGAGGAUGACUACAGUUUCCACGACGACAAACAAGCCCGCUGGUUCCACAGUUAGCGCAGCUUCCGACAGCUCUAUGGUUACGUCACCGACUCAGGGUCAAAGCACGAGUCUCCCAACAACGAAGAGUAAUUCUUCAAGCACUGACGUCACAUCCGGUGGUCCAAGCUCCGGGCUGUCAUCGACCACUUCCUCGAACGCGUUUAGUUCCGAAACUUUCAGUACUGCUACCGGGGAAAACUCGUUCACGAACUUGACUACUGUUAUGACAUCUGCUCGCAGCACGACCAUGACGUCGUUCACGACCCCGUCAUCCGUAACUGCGAUUGCGAAUGUUUCCACGACUGCCUCGGCGACGCAAGGUGGAAACGGAACACCGGAGGUGACGUCUAUCUCAACGACUGCGACAUCUGUCGACCCUACGACGGGAUCACCGGCAUCAUGUGUCAACGUUACCCUGCCAAAUCUCUUCGGCCUCGACACGUGCCUCGGACCCACUCUUGACUCUUGCACAACUGACAACGAUGCCUACGAGACCGCUGGAAACGUGGUGAGGUGUACCAUUCGAGUGCUCAGCACGUCCAUGAGCCUGCAGUGCGUACUUGCCGCAGUUAAAGAUCUCAUCAUCGCGGCGUUCACGAGGUUCAGUACAGAUGAUGACGACAGCCUUUCGAGCGUUCUCAGUUCCUUCACAUGCAACAGUAUGGCACUGGACGGGCUGUCCUGCAGCGGAAACUUGAGGUUGGCACUACCAAGAAGGUUUGCGCAGUGCGCGAACGGAAGCAACGAGGUCUGCAGGGGCCAGGAACCCGUUCAGGAAUCCCUGGUGUCUUCCUUGUUGAACCAAGUUAAGUGCAUCCUUUUCACUAUAUUGGGUGACGCCCCUUCGAGCGUGCUCUCGGGAAUUCUCUGCGAGGUGUCGUCAAUCCUGGCCGAGAAGGUCCGCCAACUGCCCUACUACGGAUUCCUGCGCAGAUUGCUCAAGCCGGUCCUGAAACUUCUCAGGAGAAUCGUUGGAUGUGAGUGAAUCAAAAUCCGCAUGGAAUCGACGAGUAUUUGUUCUCCAUAAAUUGUUUUCAUGAGUGAAGACGGCCCCCUGCACAACCAAAAAAAAAAAAAAACUUUUUCUUGUGCCUCCACCUCAUGCAGCAACAUUAAACGUUA